GAUGAAAGUUAUCGCCCUUGUUGCCUGUCUGGCUGUCGCUGCCUUUGCUGAGCCUGUGAGCUAUGGUCUGCACGGAGGCUUCGGAAAGGGUGGUCUGUACGGAGGCUACGGAAUGGGUGGUCUGUACGGAGGCUUCGGAAUGGGAGGUCUGUACGGAGGUUACGGUUUGGGAGGACUGUACGGAGGCUACGGAAUGGGUGGUCUAUACGGAGGCUACGGAAUGGGUGGUCUAUACGGAGGCCACGGACUAGGAGGACUGUACGGAGGAAUCGGAGGUUUCGGAAAAGGUAUUGGAUAUGGCUACUACUAAGGUUGUCGCUCCAGUGUCACAAUUCAUCUGCAUCAUCAAUAUGUACAUUAUUUAUUGUAUCCGGUUUGAAAUAUGUCACAUAAAACACAAUCAUUGAAA